AUGUCAUCUAAGCCCUUUAUUCUCUUCUUCAACCCCGUGCGACAUGCCGUACCCUUCUUCGAAAAACUCCAAGAAGUCGCACACACGGAGGUUGUCACGAGCAAAAGUAGGCAGGAGUUUUUCAAGGAUGUCGCGGACAAGUAUAAGAAUAUUUUCGCCAUUUACCGGACAUCUGCUAGCGGCACUGUAGCGGGCAAGUUCGAUGCCGAGUUGAUCGACCGCUUGCCCCCAAGCUGCAAAUACAUAUGCCACAAUGGUGCCGGAUAUGACCCGAUCGACACGAGUGCCUGCGCUAAAAGGGGUAUCAUCGUCACUAACGCUCCGGAUCCUGUCACCGAUGCGACCGCCGACCUGGCCAUCUUCCUCAUGCUAGGCGCCUUGCGCCAGCUAAAUCCAGGUAUCUUCUCUCUGCGAGCGGGGAGUUUCAAGAAGGGGGUUGAAUUUGGCCACGAUCCUCAAGGCAAGACUCUGGGUAUCCUUGGAAUGGGGCGCAUCGGCCGUGCCAUCAAACACCGCUGCGAUCCCUUCGGUCUCAAGACAGUCUACCACAACCGGAACCCUUUACCGUCUGAGCAGAGCGCCGGGGCUGAUUAUGUCUCCUUCGGGGAGUUGCUUUCGGAGAGCGACAUUAUCAGUAUUAACGUACCUCUAAAUUCCCACACGAAGCACUUGAUCGGUGCGGCGGAGAUUGCUCAGAUGAAGCCUGGUGUUGUUCUCAUCAACACAGCACGAGGCGCUAUCAUUGACGAGGCUGCUAUGGCUGAUGCGCUGGAAAGUAACCAUAUUGCUGCCGUGGGCUUGGACGUUUAUGAGCGGGAGCCGGAUAUUAAUGAAAAGCUCAUGAAGCAAGAGCGUGCUCUGAUGGUUCCACACAUGGGGACUCAUACCUCGGAGACACUUGGUAAGAUGGAAGAGUGGGCAAUGGAGAACGUACGGCGUGCGAUUGUUGGGGAGCCGCUUCUGUCGCCUGUUCCGGAGCACCAGACCGUGGUCAAUAGCAAGAUAAAGCAGAGCUAG